ACUGGGAAGGCUGUGGGAGUGACAGAGGGAGGGGAGGGUGAGAGGGAAGUUACAGUGCUCUGUUAUUGCUCUCUGCCAUUCCCUUCAUGACCUGAAGAACAACAGAGAGAGAACGGAGUAGCAGAGCUUCAGAUGGAUCUUGGCACCAAGCUGUAGGAGAAUCUAUAAGUGAAACACACAAAAAAAGGAUAUAAGUGGUCAUUUUUUUUCAAAGGAUAACUCAACGCUGGAGACACAACCCUCGCAGGUAAGAUGAGGUCCAAAAGCAAUGGGGUGGAAAGCCCAAGCGAUGGGGUCCUGGGUGUUCCACCAGGUGAUCCUGACAUCAACGAAGAACAGGACGUGGGUCUGCCGCUGAAGAGCCUGAAGGGCAAAGUUCAGCAGAGGGAAGGCGUGGAAGAGGCUGAAGUGAUCUCUGAUAAAGAGAAGCUGCUGUUGGAUUCCACAGAGACGGGAAACAAAACGGGGAACAUCACUGAUCUGUCCAAACAGGAUCUGCUGAAACUGCUGGGAAUCAUGGAGGGAGAAGUUCAGGCUAGGGAAGAUGUUAUCUGCAUGCUAAAAUCCCAACAAACUGGCCCAGAGACCCUUGAGUCACAGUAUGGAUGUGCAGUACCUGCCCCGGCCCUCAAAGCCCUCCAGAGGGACAGCUUCAUCAGCGGCUCACAGCCGGGCAAUAACAACGUCUAUCAAAAGCCGAUGGUGGAGCUAAAACGUCUGCAGGAGAAACACAAGGACACGUACCGGCGGAUGCUGGGUCAGCUGCUGCUGGCCGAAAGGUGCCACCGGCGCACUGUCCACGAGCUGGAAGCGGAGAAACGCAAACACGCCGACUACAUGAACAAGAGCGAUGACUUCACCAACCUCCUGGAGCAGGAGAGAGAAAGACUGAAGAAGCUGCUUGAGAACGAAAAAGCCUAUCAAGCGCGAAAGGAGAAGGAGCACUCCAAACGUCUGGCCAAGGUGCGAGAGGAGCUGGUUAAACUGAAGUCCUUCGCAUUAAUGUUGGUCAAUGAGCGGCAGCAGCACCUGGAGCUAAUGGAUCAGCAGAGCCAACGGGUCCAAGAGAUCAGCUUGCAGCUCCAGCAGCGAGACCAAGCUCUGAAUGAAGCCAAGGAGCGUGCUCAGGAGGACGGUAACAGGGUGCAGAGCCUGGAGGCUGAGCUAAAGGAGAAAUCCUGUAGGAUCACCCAACAGCAUGAAGAGAUGAGCACCAAGCUGUCCACUCUGGAGCUCCACAACCGUCAUCUCAACGCCAAGGUUUUGGAGCUUACGCGCACAAUCGAGGAGCUAGAGGAAAGCAACACAGCCUUGAGAAAAUCUGAGGAGGAAAUGCAGGAGUUAAGAGGGAGCAUCAGCAAAGGGGAGUACGGCAGCUCUAACUUGAUUGUGGAGCUGGAGAGCCUGCGCAAGCGAGUGCUUGAGAUGGAAGGAAAGGAUGAAGAGAUUACCAAGACAGAGAAUCAAUGUAAGGAGCUGAGGAAGAGGCUAGAAGAGGAGAAUAGUAAGAGCAAAGAGCUCAGGCUGGAGGUGGAGAAGCUGCGAAACAGAAUGAUGGAUUUGGAAAAACUGGAGGAAGCCUUUAGUGUUAGCAAAGCUGAGUGCGCGCAGAUACAAACUGCUUUAGAAAGAGAGAAAGGCCUGACCAAAGAGCUUUCAGAUGAGGUUGUAGCUCUCAAGAUCCGAAUGAAAGAGCUUGAGUCAUCUGAACUCAAAUUAGAAAAGUGUGAGUUGACGCUUAAGGACGACCUGCGGAAGCUUAAGGCCCUGACAGCUGCACUAAUGGAUGAACGAAAGACACUGAUGGAAACUGUGAAGUCAGAAGAAAAGAAAAAGGAGGAUUUGAGCAAGGUUGUUAAACUUGAGCAGGGUCGGGUGAUGGAGGUGACCGAGAGACUGAUCGAAGAGAGCAAAAGGCUUCUGAAACUGAAAUCUGAGAUGGAAACCAAAGUUGAGACUUUAACCAAAGAGAAGGGGGAGCUCAGCGCUAAGCUAGCUUGUCAAACUGAUCAAACUGAGGAUCUUAAUAUGAAGAUCAGUCAAAUGAAAAAGAGGCUAGACAUGUUUGAACAAGCAGAAAAGCUAUCUGCGAGGAAUUCGGUUAUGUGUGAUCGAGGAAAAAUCACUGAUCCUGAAGGGAAAGAGAAUAACAAAGUUAAAGAGCUAACAUUUGAAAUAGAGAGCUUGAAAAACCGUCUCAAACAACUGGAAGUAGUUGAAGGAGACUUGAUCAAGACGGAGGAUCAGUAUGAUAUUUUGGAGAAAAGAUUCAUGACCGAGCAGGAAAAAGCAAACGUUCUUUCCCAGCAAGUGGAACAAAUGAAGACUCAGAUUGCACGGAACAAAGCCGUUGAAAAAGGGGAAGAAGAAAGCCAAGAGGAAGACCUACGGCAGAAAUGCAAUAGAGAGGAGGCCAAAAACCGAGAACUACAAGCUGAUGUGAUUGCUCUCAAGGAGAAGAUCCAUGAACUGAUGCACAAAGAAGACCAACUUUCUCAGCUUCAAGUGGACUUCUCCGUAUUACAACAGAGAUUCUUGGAAGAGGAAGAGAAGGCCAAGAACAUGGGCAUGGAGGUUUUCCAUCUCACCAAAGAGCUAGAGUUAGCUAAGCGCCAAAGCCGAGCACUUCGACCAAGCUUAAAUGGAAGGAGAAUGAUGGAUGUGGCCAUCACAUCCACUGCAGUACAGACAGACCCAUCACCUACGGAACCAACAGAGGAAGACACACCAGCUGUGUUUAUCAGGAAGUCUGUUCAAGAGGAGAAUCACAUUAUGAAUAACAUCCGACAGAAAUCUCUGAAGAAGCCCGAAAAAGGCAACGCUGUUGAGCGCUGCCAUUCGUCUAGCGGUGACUUUAGCAUCAAAAAAUCCUGGAUUCCUUGGAUGAGGAAAAAGGACAGCACUCCUCAAGAAACCAACUUAGAAAAGCCGCUCCAUAUUAGCGGGGAACAGGUUUCCUCGAAAUUAACCAUGCCUCAAAACCAAGGGCAGCCUUUGCAUAUCCGGGUAACACCUGAUCACCACAACAACAGGGCCACACUUGAAAUCAGCAGCCCAACCGCUGACCAAGUUUUGCCAAAUGCAGCUUCGCUUAGCCCUAACCCAUCUCAACCAAAAUCCAGAAUUACUAUCAUUCCCACCUACUCUGUUCCAACAACACGGAGAAAGACUCCCACUGGACCUCAGGGCCCUGCAAGAGCCAAGUCUCCAGUCACAAUCACAACCAUAUCCAGGGCCAAAUCUCCAGAAACUGGCCAGACCUCUUCUUCUACCUUGGCUAGACCCCUUUCUCCAGUUCCGGUAAUGACAAUGAGCACCACUGUAGUGCCUGAGGCAUCUACCUCUCCAGAGCCCCAGGAGAUGACCAUGGGCCGGGCUGUGUUCAAGGUCACCCCUGAGAAGCAGAUGGUUCCAGUUCCUGUCCGAAAGGGCCACAACAGCGCUAGUAUCAUCACCUCCACAGAUGACAACAAGAUUCACAUUCACCUAGGCAACAGCAUCCACCCAAAGAUGGUGGUCAGACCGGUAGCUAGUGUGGCAGAAAGCAAAGAACUGACACUGUCAACUGGGACAGUUUUGCGUUCCCCUCGCCAGAUCACCACAACUGCUACCAGGAACGUGCAAAGCAAAGUGUCAAGCAGUAUUACAAUAUCCAAUGUGGUAUCCACAUCAUCAAGACCCAUCCAAAACACAAUCGGGCAUGAUGUCCAGUCACCCCGCACAGGACUUACCCGCAUCCCAAUGUCAAAGAGCCUCAAGACGGGGAAAGCUGCACUAGGAUCCACAGGCAUCUCGAGCGGGAUGAAGCUCGAGUCUCGGACAGAGAGUCAGUCUAUGAGGGUCGAAGUCAAGAAAUCCACUGGGAAUAGCAAUACAGUACAAAAUGGGGGGAAGUUGUGAAAAUACCAAUGAUAUAGUCUUGUUUGUAGGGUGAUGAGUCAUAUAAAAAUCCUCAAUUUUCCAAUACAAGACCUUUAGAAAUUAUGACGCACGGAGCAAAACGGGGAGCUUUUUCCAUUGUUAACUUUUUCCUCUUACCUUCUCGCUCACUCAUUUCUGCUUUUUAGAUCAAAAGACUUUGUGAUAUGAGAAGAAAUAUAUCUCACUGUAUUGUAACUAACUUCCUAUGACUUGUCACAGAUAUGCUGUUAUGAAAAUUUGUAUUGUAAGACUCAUUGAAAAGAGGCAUUGUUUUGGGUCAAUUAAGCUUUUUGUGAGUUUGGUUUGUAUUUGAUGCUGUAAAGAUAUUUUUACUAAAACAUUUUUAAUAAAUAUGCAAGUGGAUAGUUUAUUAUAACUUUUAUUAUUAUUGGUCAAUUUGCAAAGACAAUUUUUGAAUAAAAAGGCAUAUCACAUAUCCUAUGUGCUGCCAAUUAUAUUUUUUGUGAAUAUAUUUAAAAAAUUACUAACUUUUGAUGAAAGGUUCACUGUAAUUUAUUUUUGAUUUGUAGGACGUCCAUCUCUAAAAUUGUGUCUCAAACCUUUCAAAAUUCAGUUUACAUUUACAGAAAAGUGUCAAGUGUUUUGUUUUCAAGUGUGUUUGAAAAAAAAUUACUCUUACCUUGCAUUUUUGACUCCUAAUAUUUAAGUUCCCACAAAAGCUU